CCGUAGCUAGGUACAGAGUCGGCGUAGGUGAGCACUUCGGCAGCACGGCAAUGUGAAUCAGGGUUGAUGGUUGCCAUUUGGGCGGGCAUUUCCAUCUGGGAGUUCAGUGGAAUCCUGCUACCAUCGGUAGAAGGCGUACCUAGGCUGCUUCAAUACGGUAGAUUGCCACCAUUUUGCCAGGUGGAAGGUGGGUCCUGAUCAGCUUGAUCACCAUCCUUGCUAGGGGAGUGAAUGUGAAUGAUUGGGACCUUAUCCUGCUCAUAAUACAGGUGGCAGUUGGGCAGACCUUCAAGGUCCGCCAACAUUAGGAGCAGUGGUUGCGUGACAUGGUCAGAUGAUUGAAGGCGCAUGAAGUCUCCUCUCAAGAGGCGGAUCGGGGGACGUAUGAUCCAAAGCUCCUAUACUCACAUUUGCAGACUUGCUGAGGGGCAGCGACGAGGGGCAUGAAGGUGGCAAUCACGCAUUCAUGCAGCAUGCUGCAUGGCCACCCACUCUAGUCUGCAGAUUGGUCGGAAUAUAUACCUGAAGACCCAGUUAGAUCAUUGCAAGACUGACCUCGAAGCUCAACAGAUAGCUGGGACCAAGGAGAUGACGGCUGCUUAGUGUGAUUUAAUUGCAACCAGCCUUUCAACAGUUUUGUGGGCAGGACCAGUUAAGCGCAGCGAUGACCGACCCCUUGCUCAGGGCACAGCUGCUGCCCCAGGAAAAGCCCCCAAAGGACAGGUACAAUGUGGCGUACAUCGUGUUUUUCAUCAUGGGCGCCGGCCUGCUCUUCUCCUGGAACUCUUUCAUCACGGCCGCAGACUAUUUUGGCUACCUCUACCCUGGCGCACACAUUGACCGCACCUUCUCGCUGGCCUACAUCCUGGCCCAGUUCACCGCCAUCAUUCUGGUGAUCAACUAUGGGCGCCGCUUCUCCCCCGCCGCGCGCAUCACCACCGGCUUUACCGUCUUCUUCGUUAUCCUUCUGGUCAUCCCCCUCCUUGACGUGGCAUUCAUCCGCGAUGACAAAGGCACUUUCUCCACGUUGGCGGUUACUGUUGGGCUGGUGGUCAUAGCAGGCACCAUGGACGCGCUGGAGCAAGGGAGUCUGUUUGGUGUUGCCGGCGAGUUGCCAGAGGUGUACACCCAGGCCAUCACGGCAGGGACGGGGGCAUCAGGCUUCAUCGUCAGCCUGCUACGCUGUAUAACAAAGGCGGCGCUGCCCCGCACGCGGCCUGGGGUGCGCGAGAGCGCGGUGCUCUACUUCCUGAUCGGCGCCGCGUUCAUCGCGGGCGUGCUGGCGUCAUACCGCCUGCUUCGCCAGCUGCCCAUCAUCCACUACUACGAGCGGCGCAAGCGCGAGCGUGAAGGCGAGGCCCAGAGCAUCCUCCACUUAGAGAACGGCCAGAGUCCGGUGCGGUGUCAACGCUGGGAGCCCAACGCAGGGCCGCCGUCUCUCAAGAACUCACCAGCCAGCCCCCUCCAGCGAGACCUAUCCUUCGACGCCUACUUGUCGGCGCCAGGCUCCCCGCACUCCCCCCCUUCUCCGCCGGUCCUCGUCGAGCUGGACUCACCCCAAACGGCGGUCACCUUCUGGCAGGUCUUCCGCAAGAUCUGGCUCUUUGCCGUCAUGAUGCUGCUCGUGUUCCUGGUGACAUUGUCCAUCUUCCCCGGCUUUCUGUCGGAGGACGUGCACUCGGGCCUGCUGGGCGACUGGUACCCCGUCCUGCUGAUCACGACGUACAACACGUUCGACCUUGUCGGCAAGAUGCUGCCGCUGUUCUUUGUUGUACGCAACGAUAAAGUCAUCGUGUCGUGCGUGCUGCUGCGCGCGCUGUUCUUCCCGGCCUUCCUCUUGUGUUUGCACGGGCCGGCCGCCAUGGGCGCCGAGUGGGUCGUCUUUACACUCACGGCCAUGCUCGGGGCCACCAACGGCUACUUCACAGGCGUGUUGAUGAUGCUGGCGCCCAAGCGGGUGGACCCCCACGAGGCGGAGACGGCGGGCACCGUCAUGGUGCUCUUUUUGGCCUCGGGCCUGGCGGCGGGGGCACUCGGGGGCUGGCUCUGGCUACUCUAGGAGGGCGCGCGCGGCCGCACGAGGAACGCGUUAAGUUUUGCUCGCUUGCCAAGUACUUCCAUAGGUAGGAGCUGCCCGGACGACCCGGAAUGGGCCCAGUCCGCCAUUCAAGGCGACCGCGGGCCUUUCUGAUAACGGCGUGUUGGAGGGUCUUUCAAGUUACACGGGGGUUCGAGAUUUGUGUGUGAACCGGAGGCUUAGCGUUUUCUAAACGAGCUAACGCUACACCAAAUAGGUAAUGUAAAGAUAGGCAGCACCCACAGCAAUCUCAAGGGGCAGUACUCUCGUAGUAUGCGGUACAUAUGUCUAUAAGCUCUGGCUCAUUUCUGCUCUACUAGCUCUAGCGGGCUCGGAGCAGGUGCUAGGUACUAGAGUAGUCAUGGGUCUAUGUAUUGCGUGAGCAAGUAUAUGUGUAGGUCGUACAUUUUGGGACAUAGUCGACCAUAUGGAAGUAAAAUAGUACAAUUGAACGUACGAAGUUUGAGCGUUGAGCGCGGCAGGCUUUAUAAUAUGUAUUCGUAUAGUGUUUUCGGUUAAGAUCUACAACGUGGUUCUUCGCCACGACUCUGAAUAAGCUAAGCAACAUUUUUGCAGGUUUGUAAGAAAGAUGCACCAGCAAGUUAUCCUACAUAGUUAGUUUUAACAGACAGCACUCAGGGUUGCAAUAGAAAUAGUAGAAGGCUGACGUAUACCGGCCGGCCUCAAUUGCAAAAGUUCAAGGUGAAUUGACACUAGCUAAUAAGGCGCCCCGGAAUCUUUGCCAGUAAGUGCUAUAUUAUACGCUUUGUAUAGAAUCCAGA